UGGAUCUUUAUUUUCCUCGUCGACCACUCCACUGUAUAGUACCCUGUACCAUCCUCGGCAUACAGCGGAAACCAAGGAAAUUACACCAUUCCUUAAUUGUCACCGCCACAAGGGCAACAGUUUGUGUUGUCGAUGUAUGAUGAAACCGGGUCGUUAUGGGGGGUACAACUGAUCUGUUACAAGUGGCAGGGCCCACCAAUGGCUCCAGCUGCAACACAACUUUGUCCCAGGUUUUCUCAUUCGCAUAUUCCUCGUCAGCUCUCCAGCAAUGCGUAUUCUACGUCUUCAACGACUACCAAGGAGCGGUACUGCCUGUUUCUAUCAUGGCGAUCAUUCCUGGGGGGGAGUCCAUCAUGCUUCGAUCGGAUGUGACAAUGAUGAGCGACGACUGGACGGCAGAUGUUCAAGCGGGGGCCUCGAAUGAUGCUUCUUGCCUAAGCUCCACCCCUUCUUCCUCGGAAAGCAUCCUGCUGUUGUUACAACCGGGGACUUCCUCUCCGUCUACCAUCUCUCCGUCUAUCAGCCAUACCGGUUCUAGUUCCUCAACUAACAGUUUUGUUGCAACUAUUGCUGGAGUAGCAGUCGGAGGUGUAUUUGCACUUGCUGCACCGGUGACCCUUGGACUGUGCCUCAUCCAAAGGAGGCGCAGAAAUGAUUCUACUUACUCCCAUCUUGGGCCACAUAGUUCACCUCCUUUACACCCGGGAGACCUUUACCGCUUCGAUGUAUCUACGACUGCACAGGGAUACUCCCUUCAAUACGAAAGAGACCGUGCCCCGUCCUUCGUGCUGCCAGGUCAAACUUCACCCAGGAUGGCCCUCCCCGCUCUGCAGAACACCCACAGUUUAUCCCGUACCUCAACAACCCUGCAGCAAGACUCCGUUGCCAACAUACCGUCGGUACCGUCAUUUUCCGGGUCCACGCGGCACAAUAAUGUCCAUGCGCAUGCAGAGUGUGUUUCAGCUCCCGCAUCCCAGGUCAUCUACUUUCUGCCAUCGUACUCGGAAACUUCAGGGCCCAGGGGCCAUCACCAUCGCCAGCAAAGAAGGGCGGGUAUUUAGAACUUGGUGAACAGGAGAGGCAGCAGUUGGAUUUUUAACUUUAUCGCCCUCCCUUAUUCACACUUUUAUUACAGCUAACUGCGAUAGCAAUGGGUAUGGGGGAUGGUGAAGGGUUUGCUUCCCCCACAUGUAUAUCCGGAACAUACUUACGUUACCGAUAACUUUUGAUUCGCUGUUUAGCGCAUAUGCCAGGUCAGCUUCGGUUUUCCCACACACUACAUGUGAUGUCUUUUUUCUCACGUAUUUAUCCGUGCUUACACCAUUCCAAUAGAACGAC